CACUACUUAUUCAAACCUAUUCACAUACGCUUUUUUGUUUUACAAUCGUGAGAAAAGCUUAUUUGAACAGGAUACAAAAAAAGUAAUUGUUAUUAAAAAUCAUGACAUUUUUCUUUAUAACUAAAGAUGCAUUAUUCAAAAAAAAAGUUUUAUUAGUUUCCAUAAUAAUAUGCUUUUUCGUGACUAUUUUUGCUAUCGGGGCUGUCACAUUAUUUAUAGUUUUAACAUUGUCUAAAGAGAUACACCAUAGUAGUCACCAUUGGAACUAUCACGAACAAGAUUUAUGGCCUGGAGUUUGUCACUUAGGCACUCUACAGUCUCCAAUAGCAUUAUCAGAUGAUGAUGCCAUUGCAUCUGAAAAGAUUAACAAGAUAAGAUUCGAGAAUAUUGGUUUCUUCGAGCAAUUUGACGUAAGAAAUGAUGGACAUUCAGUAACAAUCAGAUUAGACAAUUGUAACCGUACAAAACCGGUUAUCUCAGGUGGCGGUUUGGCUGGCAAUUACACAUUUGAUAACAUGCAUUUUCACUGGCCCUCCGAACAUAUUAUAAACGGUCAACAUUAUGCACUGGAAGCCCAUUUGGUAUUCUAUUCGAAUAAUUACGAGAGCUUAUCUAAGGCUUUGGAGGAACCGAACGGAAUCGCUGUCGUCGCCAUACUGUUUGCAGUGUGUAAUGAAACUUUAAAUGAUAACUUCCGAGCAAUAGACGACUCGGUGCGAGAAGUUUCAAGGAAACCAUUAGAAUCAAGCACGAAUAACGCUGGAAUGAUAUUCGAAGACUUUCUGCCGAAAAACAAUUCGUUUUAUAAAUAUUCUGGCUCGUUAACUACUCCGAACUGCACUGAAAAUGUUGGCUGGUUUGUUUUUAAAGACGUAUCAAAAAUUUCGAUUAAUGACUUGAUUGAAUUGACGGACAUUUAUACUGAAGAAGGUGAACUUCUGGAGUAUAAUAAUAGGUUAUUGCAAAAUGUGAAUAAUAGAACAAUUAUUAUUUUAUAAAUGUAUGUACAGUAUUGACAACGUAUUUAGGUUUCUCUAAGAGAAAGUUAUGUUUAUGCUGAUAUUUGGCAACAAUGUGAUAAUAAAUUAUAGUUAUUUUAUGCGGUUUAAUUUUAAUCGUUUUUAUAAUAAAUAUUUAAAAGAU